CGUUAGGUUGCCUUCGAAGCGUCACGAUGAUUUUCGGAAAGGCCAAACGGCGUCAUUUGAAGCGCCAACCCCUCCUUAAUCCCCCGACCAGUCUAGCUUCGGAAACGAUACGCCUUCAUCAAUCGAAACUCUUCUGCUCUUCGUUCUCCAUUGCAUACCGCCGUCGGAUACCUUCAAGAACUACCACACAUCUGUUUGCCAUGGAGAAUAUCGGAGCAAGUAGCGGGUUCCAGUACAAGAGAAGAAGAAUUCUAACCCAAACACGAAGGGAGGAGAUGGAGAAUGAAAUCCAGAUUUCUGCUGAGGUAACUCCAUCUGUGGAGGGUCAAUCGUUCCUAGAUGCUUCGGAAAUUGAGGUUCCAGCGUUGGAUUGCACCAUUGAUAUUGAUAAAAUACCUGGAAUGAAGUUAACCCUGAAAUCUUCUUUGGGGGAGUUCCAGAAUCUGAUGGGCGAAGGACUUGGAGAUCAUCCAGAAGUCCUUGAUUUGUUUAGGGAGAACACCCCUAUUUCUCAUUUUUUGGAUGUUGAGUGUAUUCCUCCUCCUCAGUUCCUAUGGCAACUCAUUGCGUGGGAAGCCAAAAUAAAGAGGAAAGGAGAGAUGUGGUUCGUUGUCAAAGGACUUCCUGUCAGGUACUCCUUGAGGGAGUUUUCACUCAUUAGCGGCCUCAACUGCUCUCACCUUAACGCCGGCUUUGAAAAUUCUAAGGAAUUAACCUCUGCAAAGAAUGAUUUCAUUCGAGCUCACUUUCCUUCUGCAAAGAAGGGAAAGAAAUCUGCUGCAGUCACAUACAAGAUGGUUGUGCAGCGUUUCUUCAACAUUUGUAAAGGAUUGGACAUAGAAAAGAAGAAAGAAGGCCAGGAGAUGGAUGCUGUGAAAAUGGCAACACUAUUGUUUGUUGUUGUUGUUCUCUUGGGUCCUGCUGAUCGAGACAAGUCUGCAAUUCCAGAUUGGAUUCUGGGCAUGAUUGCACAGUGGACAGCAGUUCUAGGUUGCCCAUGGGGAACCUGGGCAUUUAUGGAGUCCUUGGGGUCACUGAGGAAAGACCUAGCUGCUAAGGCCAAAUCAAUUGGAAGAGGGGCCUCAUCAACCAUGUACUAUACUAGUUUCUUGCUUCCCAUUGGGACUCUACAGAGCAUUCUUGUUCCCGACAAGUUUGAGGCAACUGCAGAGUGGUAUUUGAACUUCCAUCCUCUAGAGACCACAACACACCCUGAGUUGGAUGCAUUUGUGGCAAAAUUAGAGGGUAGAGGGGAAGUCCACAUUCUAGUGGAGAGGAAGAGAAAAGCCUGGAAUGUCCCUUCACCAACAAGAGAUAAUUCUGAAGAGCGUAAUGAGCACAUCUCCUCUCCCCAAGAAUCUCAGAGGAGUCAGAGCCUUAGGGAAUCUCCUUCUAGAGUGCCAGAGACGACAAUCAUGGAUGAUUGUGAAGAGACGGAGGCACGCAAUCCUUCCCCUGAUCAUAAGGUUUCUCCAAGACUUGGUAUUCUCCAAAUUAUUGGGGAAAUAAAUCAAGAGCAUAAGAAUCCACCUUCAACUCUUUCUGAUUCUGUUCUUAGUUUGGAGAACAGAAUGGCUGAGUCUACCCACGAGACAAUGGGAACAGAAGAUGCUGCCUUAAUGAAGCCUCUGCAGGAAAUGGUUGAGUCUAGCCAUGAGGUAAUGGAAACAGACGUUGCUGCUUCUAUGAAACCUCUGCAGGAAGAGGUCGUUCAGGAGGAAUUGGGAGACGAGGCUAAUAUUAAUGAUGCCCAUGUGCAUGGAAAGGUUGAGCCUAGCAAUGACGUCAUGGAAACAGACGUUGCUGCUUCUAUGAAAACUCUACAGGACAAGGUUGUUUCUCCCCAGAAGGAAUUGAGGGACGAUGCUGAAAUUACUGAUGCUAUUGUUUAUGGAAAGAGAUUGAAAAAGAAUUCAGCCAGUUUGAAGUCUCCAUAUACAGCGGACGGGAGGAAGAAAAAGAAAGCCGAUGAGCUCUUAUCUAAGCCGCCAACUAAAGGAGAUCUUUUGGAAUUUAAGAGCUUCAUCGUACAAGCAAUUAAAGAGGACCGCCUUGUACAAUGCUACCUAGAGCAGUACAAGGAGCAUCAGGAAUUUGUUAAAACCUGGUGGACUGACCUUAUCACUCCAAAUCUUUGGGUAGCGGAUACUCAUCUGAGUGAGUACCUUUACGUCCUGAGAAGACGUUUAUGCAAUGACGAUGGAGACUCUGUCAUUGCGCCUUUUGAAUUCACAACGUACGUGAACUCUUAUGCGCAUGACCCACAAUGGCCUGUUUUGUCUGGACCCGUUGAAAAGAUUGUGGAUGGUACAUACAGCGAGGGGCAGGAAGCAUUUAAAACCAAAGCCUGGAAAAAGAACACUAAGUACGUAUAUUAUUUGAAAGGCAUGGGUACACAUUGGUUCUGUAUCAAGGCUGACUUUGAGAGGUGCCGCCUCGUCGUGCUCGACUCCCUUUCAAGGAUAACUUCGAAUGAGGACAUGGCUUGUUUGCUGAUAGAUGAACUUAGAGGGUUUAAAGGCAUUGCUGGAAUUAUAGAAAUCGGCAAGCACGGAUAUGCCAAUUGGGAAUUCGAAUUAUGCUGGGUACCCCAACAGAAUGCGUGUGACUGCGGCAUCUUCACGGUAAAAAUGUUAGAGUUGGGAGCACAACAUCAGGAUUUUAAAUCUUUGGAGAAGAUGACAAAAGAAAAGAUGGCCAACAUGCGUUUAGAAAUCGCUUACUGCAUAUGCAAGGAGUACCAUUGUAGAAACAAAAAAUAAAUUCUGUGGUGGAUAAAUAUAUUAUUAAUAAAAUUAUGGUGGAUAC